ACUUUUCAUUUCUCUUGCAUGCUCUCAAUAUUCCCUCUUUUCGUGCCUAUAUAUAUCAUAUCAAAACACAGUAACCAUAACCCUAGCUAGUAGUAGUACCAGUAUAGUAGUAGUAGUGGUACUUUUGUUGUUUGUAACUUUGUGUGGUGAAGAGAGCAGCAAAAAACUUUUGUGUGGUGAAGAAAAAAAUCAUGUGGAUGAUGGGCUAUAACGACGGAGCUGAGCUGAACCUGCACGACUCAUUCAACAGUACUACUCGGAAGGUUCGUCCUCUCAUUCCAAGGCCUUUGCCUUCUACUAACAACACUCCAACUUCAAACCCUCCAUGCUUAAGCCGUAUUCAGGGCUCUGCCGAUUUCUUUGCUCAAUAUCACCAUCUGGCGACUGUGGCUGAGCAAAACAAGAGAGAGUUUAAUACAAGUCCACAAGUGGUGGUGAGCUCACGGUGGAAUCCGACGCCGGAGCAGCUGAGGGCUCUGGAAGAUCUCUACCGGCGAGGGACUCGGACGCCGUCGGCUGAGCAAAUUCAGCACAUCACGGCUCAGCUUCGGAGAUAUGGAAAGAUUGAAGGGAAGAACGUGUUUUAUUGGUUUCAAAAUCAUAAGGCCAGAGAGAGGCAGAAGCGCCGCCGUCAGAUGGAAUCAACUCCAGAGGAUCGAGAGCUCGACAUGCCCGAAAAGAAUAAAGAAUUAGGAGCAAGUAGGACAGUGUUUGAAGUUGAACAGACCAAGAACUGGGCACCCCCUACGAACUGCAGUACUCUUGCAGAGGAAUCUCAUGUUUCAAUACAAAGGGCAGCAGGAGCAGCAAAAGCAGGAGUAGUGGGCCAGGGUGCAGAGUCAUGUAUAAGGACAGAUGGGUGGAUCCAAUUGGGAGAAGGGGAAUUGCACUUGCAGCAUAAAAGGAACAACUUUGUUGAAAGGAAUGCCACGUGGCAGAUGAUGCAGUUGUCUUGUCCUCAUCCCCAUACUUCUCUUCCGACCAACCUCCCUAAUAUUACUAACACCACCACCACUACUACUACAACAACAAGAAGAAGCAGAACAACAGCCUCAGUUAUCAGCUCAACAAUGGACCAAAGGCUCCUUAAGACCUCUACAAAUGAUCUAAGCAUCUUCAUCACGCCAGCUUACAGAUCAGAGAAUGGCCUUAUUAAUAAUGGUUAUAACUACUUAAGCAGUUCUAAAGUCAACUCUGAAGAAGAAGAUUACAAUAAUAAUUGCAGUGAGGAAUCCCAAACCCUUGAACUAUUUCCACUUAGAAGUGGAGAUGACAAUGGAAGUGAGAAAGAGGGUCAAAUUUUAUCGGUUUCGGCCAUGAACGCAGGCGUCAUGACAAUGCCUUCCCAGUUCUUCGAGUUCCUUCCAUUGAAGAACUGAUCUAGCUGAUCAGCAAACGUUUGUAGUAUCGUUGGAAAACGUGACCUUUUUUAUAUUUAUAUUUAUAUCUUUUGUUGUUUUCGUUUUGAUGUUUACAUUUCGUGGAAGUGGUGACAAUGGUAUAUGUGGGAAUGAAAAAGAAGGGUUUGCCUUAAAAUGCAUUUGGACCAUGUUGGUGGAACAUAUCAAUGAAAAAGCUAAUAUGUUAAAGCAUAUUACGC